GGAAAAAGCAGAAAUAAAAAGCCCGACAGAGAGACAGGAUCAUUGUCCAGGUGGGAAGUGUUUGUGGUUGAGCUUCCUGUUCUCACAGAAACAUGAAGACUGUGAUGCUCGCUGUGCUGCUGCUGCUGGCCGUCAGUCAGAGUGAAGCCUUGGAGUGUCACUGUGGAGGCCAGAAGUUCUGUUCAAGCCCUGUGGAGACGUGCUCCAGCUCUAACGAUGUCUGCUCUACUCUCGUCAUCACUUCUGGGCCGGUGGUAACGCACACAAAGGGCUGCUUGAAGUCGCUGGCCUGCAGGAUCCUGAAUCGUCCGCCCGUGAUGACUGUCAGCUGUUGCAGUUCUAAUCUGUGCAACAGAUAAACCGCUGCCAUGCGGGACGUCGUCCGAUUGGUCGACGGUCUGCUGCCGUGUGUUGUGUACUGUAGAACAAUAAAGAUCAGCUGACUGCA